AUGGUAGCAGCACCUCUUAUCAUAGCGUAUUUCGCUGCAUGGUCAAUUUAUUCUCGGGGAUAUAAUGUAUAUGAUAUUCCAGGAGAUAAAAUCACUCAUAUUAAUUAUGCGUUUGCUAAUAUUGGUUCGGAUGGAGUAUUGGCAUUAGGUGAUUCAUGGGCUGAUGUUGAAAAAGCUUUUCCAGGUGAUACAUGGGAUCAACCAUUACGUGGAAAUUUUAAUCAAUUACUUAAACUCAAACAAAAAUAUCCACAUCUUCAAACAUUAAUUUCAGUUGGCGGUUGGACAUGGUCUGGUAAAUUUUCUGAUGUUGCUCUAACAGCCGCAAGUCGUUCUAAAUUUGCAAAAUCAUGUGUUGACUUUGUUCUACAAUAUGGUUUUGAUGGAGUUGAUCUUGAUUGGGAAUAUCCUGUAUCUGGUGGUCUUACUGGAAAUAUUGUUCGACCAGAAGAUAAACAAAAUUAUGUAUCUUUACUUAAAGAAAUUCGUACACAACUUGAUACAGUCGGUGCUCAAAAUGGUAAAAAAUAUUUAUUAACUGUUGCAACUGGUGCAGGUACUGAAAGAAUUAAUGAUAUGGAUUUACCUGGCAUGUCUGCUUAUCUUGAUUGGAUUAAUGUAAUGACAUAUGAUUUUCAUGGUGGUUGGGAAGCAAAAACUGGUCACAAUGCACCAUUAUAUAAAAAUGAUGCUGAAACAGCUACUGAUAUUGAUCCAUCAUUUAUCAAAUCAAGAUAUAAUUGUCAUGCAUCUAUUCAAGCUUAUCUUGCUGCUGGUACUCCUCGUUCGAAAAUAGUUAUGGGUUUAGGUUUAUAUGGACGUGGUUGGCAAGGAGUUACUAGUACGGCUCAAAAUGGUUUCUCUCAAAUUGCAUCAAGUCAACUUCCUAUGGGUACAUGGGAAAAUGGAAUCUAUGAUUAUGAUGAUUUGAAAAACCGUUUUUUACCAACCUAUACACGUUAUUGGGAUGAUGCAUCAAAAGUACCAUAUCUUUACAAUCCAUCAACUGGUAUUUGGAUUAGUUAUGAUGAUCUUCAAUCAAUUGGACUUAAAAAUGAUUAUAUCAAAAAUGAACAAUUAGCAGGCGCCAUGUUUUGGGAAUUAAGUGGAGAUCGUAAUUCAGAACUUGUUGGUGCUACAUAUGCAGCAUUAUUUAAUGGUGCAACACCAGCUCCAGUAACAAGUGGACCAACUGUAGCCACUGUACCAACUACUGCUCAAACGAAUGCACCUGGUGGUUCUACUGCUGCUCCAGCAACAACUCAAAUACCUAGUGGAAAUAUUCUUCCAUGGACAACUGGAAAAUUAUACAAUGUAGGUGACCGAGUGACAUACGAAGGUAAAACAUAUGAAUGUCGCCAAACACACACAUCAAUAGAAGGUUGGACACCAUCUGCUGUUGCUGCACUUUGGCAUCUUAUUUAG